UAAACACACGUUCAUUUCUCCAACACCUCCCCCUUCCUGUCAGAGGAAGCUGAUUACUAGACGGCCCCCUCCGCGGGCUGUGCAGAUAAAUACUCUUCUCAUUCGGAUCCCGAUUUUUUCAAAAUGGAAACAUGAAGAAGAACUCCAAGAAAUGGUGUCUGCUCGUCGGGGUAUUCCUAUCCUUCUCUCUCAUUUACACCUUUCUCACUCGCCUGACACGCCAUACAGUUACCAUAGCAACCGACCCCAUGACCAUCCUCCUGUGGACGAAAUGGUGCGGCAAGACAUCCUACCCUUACUUCCCAGAGGACAUAGUCGACGAGACCUGUCCUUAUUCGUGCAUCUAUACCAGAGACCGCCGCAACAUUUACACUAGCGGCGCUGUUUUGUUUCACGGGAAGGACAUGUCGUUAGAGGACAUGCCAGUGUAUCGACAUCCCGACCAGCGUUGGAUCUUUUUCAGCCUGGAACCUCCGACCCACAUGGCGUCCGCCAUCCUGGACCGUCUGCGAGGAAUCUUCAACGUCACCCUAACGUACCGUCUCGAUUCCGACGUCCCGUCUCAGUACGGGUACACAUUCGAGCCAAGACGAGCCAAGCCGCGAAAGCCUAAGGCGACCAACAAAACGGGAUUCGCGGCGUGGUUCGUAUCCAAUUGCAAGACGCAAAGCCGUCGGGAAAGUUACGUUGCGGAACUGAGGAAGACCGUUCCCGUAGACGUGUACGGGCGCUGCGGCAAUCUGACGUGCGAACCAAAAGCGUCCGAUACGUGUUACCAGAAGAUAGCCAACAAGUACUACUUCUAUUUGGCCUUCGAGAACUCCAUCUGCACGGACUAUGCCACCGAAAAGUUCUAUAGGCCUCUGAAAUACGACAUCGUUCCCGUUGUACUAGGUGGCGCCAACUACACGUCCGUUGCACCCCGUAUGUCUUAUAUUAAUGCUCUGGACUUUGAUUCUCCCGCGGAACUGGGCAGAUAUCUCUCGUACGUUGCCGGAGACCGCGACGCUUUCCAGUCGUACUUGACGUGGAAAAGUAAGUAUCGGUUAAAGUACGAGAAUCUGGCCUGCAAGCUGUGUACAAAGAUGCAUAGUCUUCACGCGUCUGGGAAACUAUUCACGUAUUACGAUUUUAAAAAGUGGCUCUACGAGGACGCCCGUUGUAGAUCGUGGGAGAGGUCCCAGCCGUGAAUAUAUAUAUAUAUUUAUUUAAAUAUGAAGUACUGUCUGUAAGGGAAGCCCUGUCGUCGUAUGUACCUCCCAACGCGAGAGCAUCAAGAAAUAAGAAGCGAGAUAUGUGUUAAUUGAGAAGAGAUUGCCACGGGUCGCCAUUUUUCAUCCCGUUCCGGACUAGACCCGGCAAAGAAAGACCAGGCCCACACGUUACGCAGAUCGGAAUUGCUGAAGUCAGUUACAGCUUAACUGCUCAAACUACAAACAGUCAUAAAAUCCUGCCUCCCGGAUACAACAAACCCACACGAGUUUAUUCGAUUAGACAUUUCUGACAAAGACAUAUCGAUACCUAUUACCUUCUUUAUUCGCUGUUAAAUACUACUGUGGAGGAAAAGGAUACCAUCAACGGACGGUGACGCAAUACUCGAAGUACAGGGCCAGAUGCGCCAGAGCUCAUUUCACUGUUCCUGCUCUUCGCGAAACACUCAGUAAAACACAUUGCGCACCAACGUUCUCCGGGUUGCGAAGUAUCGCAUCCAUCAGUCAUAGGGUAUUAUGAGGGCUCCAUUCCUUCAAGAACGGUUUCUUUCUCUUUUUUUUCUUUUUUAAUGCAAGUUGCUCAGUUCGUCUGUCUUCCUCAGAGAGCAUUCGGAGCUGGCGGAGGUGUCCUAGCGAGCGGUGAUGUGUUUCUUUUUUCUUUCUUAUUUAUCAUCCGCAAGGUGAUGCGCGUAACUCCCCCACAAAUUCGCAUGCACACACACACACGCGCAAUUACCAGCAUCUUUGGGCAUUGGGUCAAACGCUCGUAGCUUUAUAGGGUCAUCGUUGGCAGUACAGCGUGGUUACGUGCUCACUUCAACGUGGUCUUAUAAAGCUAUGGACGAACCUAAACAGUGAUUGGCCCCAGGGAACGGAAACUGAAACGGUAUAUUACCGAAAUAUGAGAUGGCGCAACGAUAACGAAAACGCAUACCACGAUACUCCGUUACCGGAAACAGAAACGGAAACGAAAAUGAUCCUCCGGUAUGGAAUUCGGGUAAUGGCUAUUCCUGGUGGGCGCAAUGACAUCAGUUACUUCCCGAAUAUCACACCAGAGUACGGGAAGCGCAAUAUGGGAUCUUCACAAUGCAUCCGUCGCUUACGAUCGUUCCAGUCCGCAUAACUCACGACGCCAGCACAUGUGACCUAUAUACAACAGAUUCCACCACAUACCACGAGGACGCGAGCCAAUCUUUUUUGUUUUGUUUUAAUACUGCGAGGUUUACGGAUCCCUUCGAAGCGAAAUUACUUGUGUACAAGACAAGUUCCUGAAUUUUUUUUUUAAAGUCCUGCAAGAUGUGUAACACCGAAGCAAAACCUUAAUUGGGCUAAACGGUGUGCUGACAGAACUGAUUGGGCUGUCCUCCCGCAGCUCUAUAACAGCCGUUCCAUUACCAGAAACUGAUAACGGAAAUGAAAAUGUGCUCGUUAUAUGCUCGUUUUCAUCGUCAUCCCACUCACAUAUUAACCCACAUGCACUGAGGUAUGGUACCGCAAUUGUUGCGGUGAAUCACCUCAUCCAUCGUCAUUCAUGUUGUUGUUGCAUGUUGUCCUUCUAUGGUUGCCCAUAUAAAAUCUGGUGAAAUGAUAUCUGUA